AUGAAGCCACUCUAUCUGAUAUCCUUCGUUCCGAUCGUCCUCGCUCUCUCCGACCUCAAACCUCCCGUUUCUCCUGAAACCUUCCCCUCCCUGAUCAACCUCGACGAUCUCCUCCACGGGGCCCAGAUACUCGAAGACUUUGCCUAUUCCUAUCCCGACCGGAAUCGCGUUUUCGGAGGUGCAGCGCACACGGACACAAUCAAUUAUCUUUACGACGAACUCCAGAAGACUGGCUAUUACGAUGUCGUCAAGCAGCCGCAGACACAUCUCUGGACAAAGAGUGAGCAGAAAUUGACGGUUGGUGGUGGAAGUAUCGCUGCGGGCGCCAUGACAUAUAGUCCUAGUGUUAAUGUUACUGCGGAAGUCGUCGUGAUUGACAACGAGGGAUGCAAUGCGGCGGAUUAUCCUACUGAUGUCGCUGGCAAGAUCGCUCUGGUUGAACGGGGAGUGUGCACGUUUGGCGAAAAGUCGGUGAUGGCUGCAUCUGUUCGUGCUGCUGCUGCCAUCGUGUAUAACGAUGCCGAUGGAUCGAUGAGUGGGACUUUGGGCUCGUCUUCCAGUCCACUGGGGCCGUAUGCGCCCAUAGUUGGGAUCAGCCAUUCGGAUGGACAGAGUCUCUUCAAUCGGCUGGAAAGCGGGACUGUGAUGGCAGAGUUGUAUAUCAACAGUCUGAUGGAGAAUCGCACGACUUACAAUGUGAUCGCGCAGACCAAAGGAGGCGAUCCAAAGAACGUCGUCGCAUUGGGAGGUCAUACGGACUCUGUCGAAGCCGGCCCAGGAAUCAACGAUGAUGGAUCUGGUAUUAUCAGUAACCUCGUCAUCGCCAAAGCAUUGGCCCAGUUUGAGGUCAAGAAUGCCGUUCGCUUUCUCUUCUGGACGGCAGAGGAAUUCGGACUGCUGGGCAGUGACCAUUAUGUCUCGAAUCUGAACGAGACCGACUUGGAUAGCAUCAGACUGUAUCUCAACAUGGACAUGAUCGCUUCUCCCAACUACGCUCUGAUGAUCUACGACGGAGACGGGUCGGACUAUAACAAGACUGGGCCAAAGGGAUCUGCAGAGAUUGAGCAUCUGUUUGAGAGUUAUUUUGACUCGAUCAAUCUGCCUUAUUUGGCGACAGAAUUCAACGGUCGAUCGGAUUAUGCGGCGUUUAUCGAGAAUGACAUCCCGGCUGGAGGACUCUUUACCGGCGCAGAAGAGAUCAUGUCCAAGGAGGAUGCUGAAGUAUUCAAAGGAAAAGAAGGACUUGCAUACGAUGCCAACUACCACGCAGCAGGCGACAACAUGACGAAUCUCAACCACGAAGCAUUUCUGAUCAACUCGAAAGCGACUGCCUUUGCCGUGGCGACGUAUGCCAACAGUCUCGAUUCGAUUCCAAAGCACAAUUCUACGAUGAAGCUGAUGAGCUCGAUGAAGAGGAUGAUAAAGUCUCCAGUCAAUCAUUCGCAUGGAGGGUGCUUCCACACUGCUGUAUUGAUAUAA